AAUACGUACAGGACUUUAAUACAAAAUACUGUCAAGGAAAAAUAUAGCUUAGUACGUGAAUAGCUUUGGAACACUACAAAACGUGUCAAAUUAGUUUUAAAACUAUAAAAAUGUGUUUGAAAUAUCUACUUGUUUUGAUCUACUUCAUUGUACAUCCUGGAAAAACUGUAGCGGAAGCACCUAUUGUAUCACAAGAAUUUGAACAAGAUUUAAGUGACUUAAUAGUUCAAUAUCACAAAAACAAUGCAACAGAAGCAUGUGAAACGCCUGCUGAAAAAUAUAUCAACGAAAAAUUCAUAAAAAGUAAUCUAUACGAAAAGUUUCAACUCGAAAAAUAUUUCGCCGAAGAUUCCAAAUGUGAAAAUCUUUGUUUGAAAGUGAAUUAUACAAUCCAAGAAAAUGUGGCAAAUGAUAACAUAGUGCCGAUACCUGUACCUAAAAUAAAUGAUAUCAGUACUAAUCCAACUGUAGCUACAGAUAUAUUGCCAGAUAUUACCAGCAAAGAAAAUGCCAGCACAGAUAUUGCCAGCACAGCUACUAUCACCAUAACAGAAGGAAGUUUUGAAGACAAAACGACAAUAGUGACAGGAGGCAAAGAAGAAAACUUAGAAAGUAGCAAGAACUUGACAGAUUCCGAAACUGAAAGUCGGACACAAGAAAAUCGCAGUGAAGGUAAAAAGACAGCUAUAAUCGUGGCAGCGACCAUGCUGGCAGUGGGGGGCACUGCUGUUGCUGCUUUCUUCAUUUAUAAGGGGGUGACAGCGUUGCUACAGUCUGGCACUUACGUUUUUCCGGGGUCACCCAACGUGUAGACGAUGGCUCGAACGAAAUAUUGUUAGGAGAUAAUAUUAUGCUAUUAGAAAUAGAUUCGGAAUAAUUAUAGUGCGCGCAAAAUAAGGGGUCCAAUCUGAAGUUGCAACAUAGGGGUCUAUUCUGAUCUUACGUUGGGUUCCAGGGCAUGCGGGAAUCGCCAGAAAGCGACAGAUAGGACCUGAGCCUGUCUGUGGCAUACCCAAAAGCCUAGCACAGCUAACCCUGUUAACCUAUUGCUACUACGAUAGGUACACUCAUCCGAUGGAAAAAUCUCCCAGGAAUGAACCACUCCAGGGCGCUAGUCAAAGCCUUCAAAAAGAAGACUGCUUUGGAAGUACUAACGCUAAGUAGGAAGGGUAAAUUAAAAAUUUAUAACACCCCCGACAAGUGAAGGUUGCAGUUGUAACACCCCUCUUUUUGGAUCGGAGGUUAAAAAUGCAAUCCAUUACGGGCGUUAACUGGGCAUUGUAGACUGAACAGACACAAUAUGUUCGACCUGAAGAUCCACGACGCGGGUGUGUGUAGAAUCUGUAAAGAGGAUGCGGAAACAGCCCUACACAUCAUCUGUCAAUGUCAGGCGAAGCAUGGGAAAUCAUGUAAAUACCUCCCAGUUCCCCGCCUCGUCUUCAAGUUUCACCAUUAUGUUCUCAAAAUCUGUGAAGUCUGCCAAUCCGCACAUGGCCGGGGCGGUGGACUGUGGCCAAAUCC